UAGUGAGAUGAUGCGCGUCUCUGCACUGCACAAUGCCGACGGAACCUUUUUUUUCUUUCUUUCUUUUUUUUCUUUUUUGCGCAAGAGCCUUGGUAUGAUGGCGCCGCGUAUGUGUUUUACGCAGCGGCAGAACAGGGAUCAACACACCUGUCGGCCCGGUUUUCCAGCCACUUGUGCGUCGGCGGAGGAGUCUCAGCGAGGUUUGAGCUGACUCCCGGUCUCUUUCGGUCAUCGGACAAGCCUGCCGUCCAUCCAAUGUGCGUAAAGGGGCUCCGUUUCCUCACCGUCCUGUGUGGACUCGCAGCUUCAGGCAUGCUGCAGGUGAGUGGGAUGCGUAUAUACACACACGGUAAUGUGGAGGCUGUCAACGGGACGGAUGUCCGUCUGAAGUGCACAUUUGAGAGUUCCGCUCCCAUCAACCCCAGCUCAGUCGUCAUCUCCUGGAGCUUCAGACCCCUCAAGCCAGGCCGAGAAGAGUCGGUGUUCCACUACCAGCAGAAACCAUAUCCCCCCGUCGAUGGCAUUUUCAGAAAGCGUGUCAGUUGGGCUGGCGAUAUCAUGGGCCGUGACGCCUCCAUCAUACUUCAGCAGGUCAAGUUCACUUACAACGGCACUUACAUCUGCCAGGUCAAGAAUCCGCCGGAUGUCCAUGGCGCAGUUGGGGAGAUUCGACUCCGUGUGGUCACCACAGCCUCUUUCUCCGAGCUUCUCUAUCUGGCGUUUGCCGUCCUGGGCGGGAUACUCAUCGUGGUCUUCCUCCUCGUCGUCAUUUGGUCGUGCAGGCGCUGCAAGAGGAGGCGACAGGGACAGCUGGAGGAGAACGUGGAGGCUCCCCGCAAAGAGAGAAAAGACCCCACCGCGUGCCACCCGUCGAGGGCCGUCCACCUCUACCUAUCAGAGACGUCCAUAGAGAUUGACAGUUCAGACGGCAUGAUCUCAGAGGCCAGCACCAAAGACCCGAGCUCCUCAGAGGACGAGGGCCCGAGCUCGGACGACGACGACGGGGGCGAUGACUCCGACUGAUUAGGUGGGGACAGACACAGAGACAGAAACGCCGAUGUGAAAGCCAGCCAGGAAGCCUGCUGGAGGGAUGCCCAGGUGGCACCCAUGGAUGGCGGCUCAUGGUUCUGCCGGGUGGUGACUAGAUGAAGAGAGCGCCGCUGUGGGAAAAAAAAAGUGCACGUUGCUCGAGAUUGGAAGGAAAGGGGGAAGAAAGCUUUGAGAGAUGAAAGAUUAGAGAUCGCUUUUUAAUUUAUUAGAGACAAAGCUCUUGAGGAACAAAAGGAUAUAGUAUAGUUUUGAGAAAUAUUCAUAGGAGGAAAGGAUUGCUAGAUCCAACUUCUGGAGUGAGAGGCACUGUAAUCCUGAAGCUGGCCUGCCGACUGUCAACGAGGGGAAAAAGGAUCAAUCUGUUGUUUCAUGGAUCUUAUUAAAUGUGGGAGGUCAAUACCACAAUCAGUGACUAUAUGCAACUGAAGGUAGUCAAAAUGAGGAAGUUGUUUGCUGCCAUCAUGAGCCAUAUUAAAGGUUCCAUUACUGGGGAAAGUGAUGAUUCAACAAAGCAGGUCUUGGUGCCAUAUAUAAUAACUACUGUGAAAGUAUUAAAGCGCUGAAUCCAUGGAGAAUUGCACACAGUCCGCAUUCAAGAACUGUGCCUUCAAACGAGCCGUCCUGACUGCAUAGAGACUGUGACUGUGUGCCCCGAGCACGGCCAUGUUUGCAAAAACACUAGCAAAGCUGAUGCAGAAACACAGUGGGCGGCCCCUGCUCAGGCCUGUGAGAGCUGACCAGUCAGAGCAGACUGGGCUUUUUGGGAGGCUGGCCUUAAAGGGACAGAAACUAGAGACCGAUUAUCUAGUUGACAGCUAAAAGAAAAGUAUGAAUGGGAAAUGAGCAUCAUAUGGGACCUUUAAAACUAUUCUAUUUUUGAGGUUGCUUUACUUUUGGAAGAAAUUCUCUGGGUACGUUAAUUUACAAAUUCAAGUAGAAUCUUUCAUAUUUCAGUUUUGUAAUUCAAAGUAAUUGGGGACAAGGUGAGUCUAGAAGUUCAGUUUACCCAUACCAUCACGGUGCCUGCAAGGGGCCGAGCACUCCACUCCUCCACCUGGAGGGCUGCAAUUAAUUACAUUAGAAAAGCACAAAUGUCAUGCUGAUGUCAUUAAGUGUGGAGGCCAAAUACUCGAUCACUUCGCAAGAAAACUGCAUGCCCGUACCUGUGCUGCCUGUUGUGUGGGAGCGCACAGUCAGAUCUGAAAACCCUUUGAUGGCAAAACGUCCUUGAGAUCCUUUUAUCUCCAUGUGUCUCUGAAUGCAUCACGUCUACUAACAAAUUAUUGUUCUUACCCGUCUUUCUUCUUUUUUUGUGAUCGGAUUUUCUACCUGUGAUGUAAUACUGAGAAAUAUGACUAUAGAUUUUUAUUUUUUUUUCUAUUUUUUUAAGUAGAUACUGCCAGAAGUAUUUUACCACAUUGUUUAAAAUGUCACUGUGUGUAAUUUGUUAUAGAGCUUUUAUAUAUAUAUGUAUAAAAAAAGAUGUUCUAAUAAAAAU